GCCGGCGCGCAGUGGAACAACCAUCGCAACAUCUCGGAGCUGCUGGACAACCUGCUCAGCGGGUACGACAACAGCGUCCGGCCAGACUUCGGCGGUCCCCCGGCUAUCGUGGAAGUAGACAUCAUGGUGCGCAGUAUGGGGCCGAUAUCCGAAGUAGACAUGACGUAUUCGAUGGACUGCUACUUCCGGCAGUCGUGGGUAGACCGGCGGCUGGCGUUCACCGGCGGCUCCAAGGAGACGCUGGCGCUGAGCAUCUCGAUGCUGGCGCGCAUCUGGAAGCCGGACACUUACUUCUACAACGGCAAGCAGUCCUACCUGCACACCAUCACCACGCCCAACAAGUUCGUGCGGCUCUACCGGGACGGGCGCGUCCUCUACUCCUCCAGGUUGACCAUCAAGGCCGGCUGCCCCAUGAACCUGGAGGACUUCCCCAUGGACACGCAGCGCUGCCCGCUCAAGUUCGGAAGCUUCGGCUACACGACGACGGACGUGGUGUACCGCUGGAACCGGCAGCGCACGGUGGCCAUCGCGGAGGACAUGAAGCUGUCGCAGUUCGACCUGAUCGCCACGCCGUCCGCCAACCAGACGGACGUCCUCAAGUCCGGCGAGUACUCGAUGCUGCUGGUGAGCUUCCACCUACAGCGGCACAUGGGCAACUUCCUGAUCCAGGUGUACGGCCCCUGCGUGCUGCUCGUCGUCCUCUCGUGGGUCUCCUUCUGGCUCAACCGCGAGGCCACCGCCGACCGCGUCUCUCUCGGAAUAACGACCGUACUGACGAUGACCUUCCUGGGCCUCGAAGCAAGGACCGACCUCCCAAAGGUGCCCUAUCCCACCGCCCUCGACUUCUUCGUGUUCCUCUCGUUCGCUUUUAUUUUUGCAACCAUCAUACAGUUCGCCGUGGUGCACUACUUCACCAAGUACGGCUCCGGGGAGUGCUACUUCAGCUCCGACCUCAGCUCCGUCUCCAGCUCCGACGACGAGGACGAGGACACGUGGUCGGCGCGGCGCAGGCGCACCAUCGAGCUGCCGGGUGAGCCCGGCUCGGUGGCGCCGGGGGGCCGCAAGGCGAGCUCCGGCAGCGUGGGCGGCGGGUAG